GCAAAACACUUGGAGGAGUAACCAAGCAAGGAAAAGCAAAGGAGAUAAAAUUGAAGAUGUUGCUGUUACGCUCAAAUACAUGAACACUGCAGACAGCAACUCCAUCUUCCUCUGCAGUUCUGCUUAGCUGGCAAACUUAGCUUGCUUCCCAAGCUUCUUUUCAUUGUAUCACGUGCCUUUAGAAUAGCUUGCAUCACACGUCUUAGAAGUUCUCCUUCAUCUAUAAAUAGGGGGCUUCAUCCUUUGUAAAUUCAACUUUGAAUUGAUAAUGAUAUGCUGUUGAGAUUUCUCCAGACAUUCUUUCAGAGUUCAAACACUUUGUGCCUAUUCUGCACAUUCUCCUCUAGCUUCCUUCCCUCUUGGAAGGCUUUCGGAGCUUGAGAUUCCUUGAUCUACUCAUACACCUUCAUUGAAACAUUCAUCAAACACUUACCGUGCCUCAUCGUCAUCCAACUAACCGCUGCCUUCUCUGGUUUUGGAAGUGCUCGUGAUUGAAUUGCAAGGAUGCUUCCAUCAGGAGGUCGCCUGGCCGAGGCGAUCAAAAGUGUGUGGUCGUUGGUCUGAACAGACACUUCGGUGAUGGCGGUGGCAGCAGUGGCAAAGACACACGAAGACUACAAGGAAUCCCAUGUUAUUGCUUUUGUCUCUGAUUUGACAGCUGAUGAUCUGUGCAAAGAGAUUCUUCCAUCUUCAGUUGAUAUUGUUACAAUGAUAUUUAUGUUGUCUGCAGUGUCCCCAGAGAAGAUGCCUCUAGUUUUACAAAAUAUUAGAAAAGUUAUCAAGCCAGAUGGAUAUGUGUUGUUCCGAGACUAUGCUACUGGGGACCUUGCUCAGGAAAGAUUCUCUACCAAGGAUCAAAAGAUCAGUGAUAACUUUUAUGUUAGAGGUGACGGCACUCGCGCUUACUAUUUUUCAAAUGAGUUCUUGACAAAUUUAUUCAAGGAAAAUGGUUUUGAUGUUGACAAACUUCAUGUAUACUGCAAACAAGUUGAGAACCGCUCAAGGGAGUUGAUAAUGAAUCGGCGAUGGGUCCAAGCUGUAUUUCGUGUAUCAGAUAGUUCCAAGUUGUUUUCAAGCCAAAAAGCUGAGGCCAAUAAUCUUGAUGGUGAUAAUGUCGACAAGGAAAUCAAGCAAAAUAAUUUAAAUGGUGGUUUCAAUGACUCUGCAGUUGAUUUGUCUGAAGGCGUGGCAAUUGACAUGUUUGGAGUCUUACCUUCCAGUGAGUACGAGAUCAUUGACAUCAACCUUAGAGGCUGGAAUUUCAAGAUUAGUUUGCUUUCAAAAGAGUACCAACAUACCUGCAAGUCAACGGGUUUGAUGCUGUGGGAAUCGGCUCGGUUGAUGGCUUCUGUACUUGCAGAAAAUCCCAGCAUUGUUGCAGGAAAGAGGAUGUUAGAGUUGGGGUGUGGCAGCGGAGGUAUCUGCUCAAUGAUUGCUGCAAGGGAUGCUGAUCUAGUGGUUGCAACCGAUGGUGAUGGUUUUGCACUUGAUCUCCUGGCCAAAAAUGUUGCAUCCAACAUUGAGCCAUCGUUGCUGACUAAACUAACCACAAAAAGAUUGGAGUGGGGAAACAAAGACCACAUAGAAAGCAUAAAGGAAGUAGUGAGCAAUAGAGGGUUUGAUGUCAUCAUUGGCACAGAUGUGACAUACAUUCCCGAAGCCAUAUUGCCUUUGUUUGCGACUGCCAAAGAACUGAUUGCCACUGGUGGAAGCCAUGAAGAUGGUAAUGUUCCUGCACUUAUUCUUUGCCACAUCUUUCGCCGAGUAGACGAACCUACCUUGCUUUCUGCUGCAGCGCAUUUUGGGUUUAGAUUAGUUGACAAGUGGCCUGCUGAAACUUCAAGUAAUUUGUCAAAUAGCAUUAUAGACAACUGGUUUAUUGAAAAUGGUUUAAAAGAUGAUCUUCCUAGUACAGCAUUGAACAUCUUGCUCUUCUGCAAGGACUGAUAAUGAGUUUAGCAUUGUAGCUUGAGUGCAAAUUUGUUUCUUGAUUUUUCCCUUCAUUACAAGUAAGAAGUUGAUUACUUGACAAUCCGUCUGUGCUCAUUGUUCAAGUUUUUUAUUUGAUGAGGAGUUUUGUCAGAGAAUUCUGUUUUCUUUUUCUUAAUUUAUAUAUAUAUAUAUAUAUAUAUAUAUAUAUAUAUAUUUUUUUUGUUGGGCUCCCCACAUGGAGGCAUUGACAUGGACACAUGAUGGUUAUGUACCCUGCAUCAUUUUCUUGGAAUUACAAAAGGAUUACUUUUCGUGA